UCUCUGUUGAACAUCAGGAACCCUAAAUCCGUUGACGAUGUCUCCGCCUGCUGCCUCUGCCGAAACCGCUGAUGCUCCGACGGAGCACCCGACGGUGGCUACCGUGACGGAGGAGCUCGAGAAGAAGCUUCAGACUGAUGAGCCGGUAGUCGAAGACGUAAAGGAAGAUGAAGACGACGAUGAUGAUGAUGAUGACGACGACGACGACGAUGAGAAGGAUGACGGGGCACAAGGUGAAACCGGGAGUUCGAAGCAGAGCAGAAGUGAAAAGAAGAGCAGGAAAGCAAUGUUGAAGCUUGGCAUGAAACCCGUUACGGGUGUUAGCCGAGUGACCAUCAAAAGAACAAAAAACAUACUCUUCUUCAUCUCAAAGCCCGAUGUCUUCAAGAGCCCGCAUUCAGAAACAUACGUGAUAUUUGGAGAGGCCAAGAUCGAGGACUUGAGCUCUCAGCUGCAGACACAGGCUGCCCAACAAUUCAGAAUGCCUGAGAUGGGAGCCGCCGCCUCACAGAAGGCAGAGGCAUCCGCCGGGACAACAGCUGAAGCACUGCCUGAAGAGGAAGAGGAGGAAGUCGACGAGACAGGUGUCGAGGCUCGGGACAUCGAUCUGGUCAUGACCCAGGCUGGAGUAUCGAGAAGCAAGGCCGUCCAGGCACUCAAGACUCACGACGGAGACAUCGUAAGCGCCAUAAUGGAGCUCACCACUUGAAAAACAAAAACAGGGUAAGGUCUUUUGCUCUCUACCCAGAUCCAACGCGUGUUUCUUGAAAUUCUCAUAACUCUGUUCCCUUGUUGUCUUUUGUAAUUCUCAAGUUCUUCCUCUGCUAUUAUAGAUAAGUGGUAUUUUUAUUUUAAAAUUUAUGCUGGGGUGUGUUAUAUUCAGUUUCAGUUAUUUUGAUUUAGUAAAAUUACAGUCAUUUGAAUUCUGUUAA